CUCCAGCCAUUAAAUUUAAUCUACUGGUGUUUUUUUUUUCUAUUCUUGACACAGGUGAUAGUAAAGGCUGUAGACAAGUGUGUGGAUAUGUAAAGGAUGAAAAUAUCAACAAGGACUAAUCUACCAAGUGCUUUUCUUUUAACGGAUUUGUAACAAAAUUCAACAUGUAAAAGCGCCUUAUCUUGAACAUUCGUUGUGAUAUAAAACUUGAAUUCUGUGGAGUUACUAUUAACGAUGUUUAAAAAUAGCUUUUAAAAUAUUUUUUUUACCUGAAUAAAAAAAUAAAAAAUAAAAAUUAAGUGAUGGUGAAAAAAAAAGCAACAACAUGAAAGCCCGAAGUUGAUUACCGCAGUAGAAAGUAAUCGAUAAAAGCAGUUUCACUUCGAUUAAAACGUAAUGUGUUAUCUUUAACGACUUGGAAGGCUCGACUUUGUGUUGAUAAGGUUGUAUUCACAAGGUGUGCUAUCCCGUCUAACAACGGUUGAAGGGUUGUGUUGAGAUGUGACCGGAUGUUUUAAGGUUACAUUCUUUUCAACAUGUGGAUAGAGAAUUGUGAUUAGAAUUGGUGCUAUGGUUAACAUUGCGAAGGAUAGCACGUAUUUAAAUUUUUUCUUUUAAAGUGACUGUGAUUUUUUUUUUUAAUUUUCAAACAAUGGCAAAGCUUAUACAUUUGUUGUUGGUUAUAUAUUCACUUAUGUGUAUGGUUUUGUGUGAAGGUGUUAAAACACCUUAUACAGUCGAUGGUGUUGUUUCCGACCAACGUAAUCAAGGACCAAUGUGGACUUAUGGGAAAAAUGUUCAGUUUCCAUUUUCUUCAGUGGGGAAAAUUCUGGGAGUAAGUGAUAAAGACACGCAUUCUCCAGUGAGUAUUGUUACAGUUAGUGACCUACAUUCGGUUGAAAUUAGGCCAGAAUCGAAGAGUAAAAUUUCCGAGGUCAGUGACAUCGAAUUAUCGAGAAUUCCUCGCAUUGUGGAGUACCGUGAUGUGCUAUCAAAGCCAGGCGACGUGGCGAGUCUACGGAGGUCUAGGAGAAACGAACCGGAAGUGACACAAAUGAGCUCUGUUUCAGAGUUUAAUGGCGUUGGCGGGGACGUCACAACGGCAAGCGGCGCGGAGACGUUGCCUAGCGGUGACGUGUCGAGUGACGUCCCGAGUGACGUCCAUCAACGUGAGGCCCCAGACGUCGCCAGUGGCGUGACGACCAAGACGUACACGCCGGCGGAGACCGGAAGUACGGACGGUGGGGUGGGGACGACCUUGGACGAUGCUGCUCUCGUGACCAGCAGCAGUCACGUGACGAAUGUGUUGGUCAGCUCGUCUAAGGAUACAUUACAAACCACAUCUGAUGUUCUUCCGGUUUCUGAUAAGGUUGACCCACUUCCGGUUUCUGAGAAAUUGCCACCAACUGCAGUGUCUGACACGUCUGAUCCUCAACCAGUAACUGAUGACGCUGCAGCAACUGUGGACAAAUCUGAUCCAGUAAACAACUAUGACUCGUCUCAUCCGUCUUCAGCGGGUGAUACGCCUGCUACACUAUCGCUAUUAGAUAAAUCUGAUCCACCUCAAGUAUUAUCCACAUCUGAUCCACUUCCGCUUCAGCAUAAUUCAUAUCCACUUCCGGAUUCAGGAAAAUCUGACCCACCUCAAGUAUCCAAAACCCCUGAUUCAGUUCCGCUACUGGAUAAGUCUGAUCCACCAACAGGUUCAAGCAAAUCUGAAGCAUCUUCAAUAUCCACAACCCUUGAUCCAGUUACACUAAACCCUGAUCAACCCCAUGAUUCAGGGAAAGCUGACCCACUUUCAAUAUCCAAUACUCCUUAUCCACUUUCGCUAUUAGACAAAUCUGAGCCAACCCCAGAUUCAAGCAAAUCUGACCCGCCUAUAGUAACUGAUACAUCUACUCCGUUGCCACUAUUAGAGAAAUCUGAUCCACACUCAACAUCCGAAAUAACUGAUCUCUUUCCGGUACCAGACAUUUCAGCAUCACCUUCUACACCAGACGAUAACAUAUUAAUGAAUGACGCCGCUGUUUCAUCAACUCCCGCCUCUGUAGAUCUUGUCACCGAAAUCUUCAACGUAGGGGACAUCAUGUCGUCAUUAUCACCUCAUUCAUCAACUCACACAACCGACGAGAGUGUACCAGCAGGCAGACUAUCAGAAGAUAUUUCAUCGCCUUCAGAAGAUAUUCCAUCACCUUCAGAAGAUAUUCCAUCACCUUCAUCAGCACAGGACGAAACACCAACACACACUACCAACACAGCCGAAACCCCAACACACACCGCCAACAAAGCCGAAACUCCAUUCGCACCACACAACGACACACACACCCCUCACACCACCAUAUACGACCAGACUCUCAUACCAGCAGCCAGCAACGAAUCGUCUGCUCACACUUCUGGCUCGUACACAAUUCCACUCCAAGCAAAAGAUAGCCACAUGGUAGACUCAGCCAAGUCUUCAACAACGCUGGAUAUUAUCAUCACCCCUUUAAAUUAUACAACUUACUAUCACCAAACUGGCUUCGUUACUGAGGCGUCGACUACAGAUCAGGCUUUAUCUGAUAGUGAGGUGACUACUAAAGAUUCAGAUAUAUCAGAGACAGCACAAAAUUCUACUGCAUCAGUACCUAACGAUGGUGUCAGGAAUAUAGAGGAGAAAACGACUACCAUGGAGUCGUUUGAUGACGAUGCGUCUACGACGAUAUUAGUAGAUGUUGGCGACGAUGCCACGACGGCAGACUUCUACGAUGAUACAACCCCAGUAUCAGACUUCUACAAUGGUACAACCAUAGUGUCUUAUGGCGAUUACGAUACCUCGACAGUCUCCAUACCUGAUCUUCACUCCCACACCAACCCACAGACAGACCCACAAACCGACCCACAAACAGACCCACAAACCGACCCACAAACCGACCCACACACAGACUCACACGCCAACUCACACACACAAUCUCAAACCAAUGAUCUACACGCGUCAGCCCCUGACCCAAACUCCACACAGACCUCCCCCCGCCCUGCACACUUCCACGAGUUCACAUUCCUGGAGCCCGGCCCCAACUGGCACCACGCCAAGCACGUCUGGCAAUACGCCUGGGAGAUCCACACCUACACCCUGGGAUGCCUCUUUGGCCUUCUAGCCCUCUACACCCUCCUCAGUGUGCUCAGGCUCUGCCGCAAACAGCGCAUGCUCCCAAAGAGCUACUUCCUGUCCACCAACUUCUUCGUCUGUUUGGUGAGCUCCACUCGAGCCUUCUACAUGCUGUACGAAAGCUACAAUUCCUACGCCAGCUUCUCCCCGAGCUUGGACUACUUUCUGUACACCAUCACCUUCCCUGCGCUGACGUCAGCUUUUGGGCUGGUUGUGUUUGCUCUUCUGGAAGCAACGGGGAUGCAACUCUUCCGACCAGCAUUGCAAAAAAUACAGAUUGUGGUUGGCAUUAUUGUCGUCCAUUUGGUGCUGUCUCUUGCCACAGACGUCUUGGCGGCGCUCCAGCCCGGGACCCAAACCCUACGGGCAAUGCUGCUAGUUUGUCAUCUGUUCUUCCUAGUCUGGGGGCUCCUCUUGUUCUUCGGCUACGCCUACAUUUUCCGGAAGUUGUACGCGCAUGCGCUGAAGAGCCAGAAGCACGCGACCAACGGCUCCCCGACUGACCACUGGGUGAGCACGGUCAAGGUCAGGAGCAAGUUCACGCUCAGUACCGCGGUCAAGGUCAUGUUCUUCACCGCUAUCUGCGGCCUGGUCAUCGUGGGGUUGGAGAUCUACGCUGUCGUGGAUGUGUAUCGGGUGUUCACGGAUGAUCGACCCAAGUCCUGGAAGUGGUGGCUGUACCACACCGUGCUGAGGGUGUUCGAGUUCCUGGUGUGUGUCACCAUCAGCUACGUCUCUUCGCUGCCGUGCAGGUAUUCAAAAGCGGUGGACACAUUCUCCUGCGGCGUGCUGUGCGCACCGUGCAAUGAAAUCCUGUGCUGCGGGAAAACCCUCAACAACGGUACCAGCCAUAACAGGUCUGGCAGCUUCAUAGACUGGCGACGCGCCAGCCAGGACCAACCCGACUCUAAAGAAAAAUCUCGUGUCAAAAACAAUGGCAUCAAGUUAGGUAAAUUAAAAAAGAAGCAUCGCUUCACCGAAGCUGAGACUAGACCAAUCAUAAGCCACCCGCAUACUUAUUCAUCCCGUCCUGCGUCGUUGAUAUUUAUAGAAAACGGGACUGUCCGAUUUCAAUCAAACGACGAGAUUAACAUUCUCGUUCCGGAGCACGAAGACACCCAUAACAUGAACACCUUUCAGGUGCGAGACACCAUGGGCUCAUACACCACUGGUGUCAACAGCGAGGACGAGAGCCACAGAGAUCUUUCUAGAAAGAGCAGCUUCACGAGCGGGGAGUUCUUCCGGGCUCCGAGCUCGCUGAGUCUGGCCGAGAGCCUGGGCAACGAGAUGGAGAAGGUGUUUGAGAGCUUCCGGGUCGACACCAGCAUGGAGGACGAGGGGUUCGAACCCGGGCCGAGCCGGGACGACGGGCACACCGUCACGUCUUUUUCCAACUCUGGAACCAAAUCAACUUUCUUGAACGACAUAUCUUACGUAAUCUCAGACGAUCGGAUGGUGUAUCUCUCCGAUGACGACGAAGAAGAAUAUUAUCUCCACAGUAGGGGGAAAACCAGUAUCGAUGAUACUGAAGGUAUACUUCCCUCCAGGGGCGAGAACUCACCUCUGCUGUCGUACAAGGGAGACAACCCACACGACAGCGACUACGAAGUCGAGUUUAAAAUGACCGCAGGCCUAGAGAGGAAGCCGAGCGUCGGUCAAGGUCACCAAGCCGCCAUUUUGAACUCGUUGUUUCGGUCGCGUGAGACGGGGUCGUGUGAAAACAUAGACGUGUAGGGCAACUGUUGAUGACGUGUAGCGCAACUGUUGAUGACGUGUAGCGCAACUGUUGAUGACGUGUAGCGCAAGUGUUGAUGACGUGUAAGAUAUUUGUUAAUGACAAAAAAGACCUUUAUAAUGUGAAACUCGUUGGUUAUUGAAUGAUGCGCCACGCUUCGGCUGAUGACGUAUAACACAUUUGUUGAUGACGAGCAGUACCUUUGCUUCCAAGGUGUAAUGAUAACAUGACGUGUACCACAUCUCGUGAUAUGAUAUCAACACAGCUGUUGAAACUCUUGUGUGACGUUUAACACAUUGUUGAUGACGUGUAUAACACUUUUGAUGACGAGAGUCAGAAAAUAAUUGACAUUUAAUAAAACUUUUAAGUGCUACCAUAACUGUUCAAAUGUUAACAUAAUUGUUUAAAUGUUGACUUAAUUGUCUAUACCCUUUUAAACACGGGAUGUUCUAUUCAUCUCUGCCGAAUGUUGUUAACCUUAUCCUACUAUAAAAGCACAUUGUUUAUGUCUAACAUAACACCAAUUUUAUAAAAUUGUGGCUUUUGCUACACUGAUGUUGUGUCCAACAGCAACCUAAACACCACGAUCAAAUUCAUUCGUGUGCCUACGCUUGAUCUCUUUUAAUUUCUGAUUGUUCUGCUUUGUUAGCUAACAUCUGCACACCUUACAUCUUACACAACAUGUAAGCUGGCGUUGGUUAAAUGUGGAGCAGGAGUUACUCACGUCCACGGGCUUAGUUGAAAUGUAAUUACACCGAGACAAAACAAUUACUAUGCCAAUUCUUAUUAUAUAUUUAUACACAUACAUAUAUACAGUUUAUAUAUAUAUAUAUAUAUAUAUA